CAUUUAAUUUAACGUUCACAGAACUCUCUCUGUCAUAGACACACCUACCAACACCCACUCCCCCACACACCACACCCCACAUACACACACACACACACAGGUGGUGUGAUAAUGCUGGUGGGAUUUCUUCUCUUCGAGUCGCAGUUCAUCCACGUUGUGUCCAUCACGUUCACAGCCCUCGUACUCACAGAGCUACUUAUGGUGGCACUCAAGAUACGCACAUGGCACUUCCUAAUGGUCCUGGCCGAGGUCGUGUCUGUCGUCAUUUAUAUCCUCUCUCUCUUUGUCCUCAAGGAUUACUUUGACUCCUCUUUCUUACUGACGUUUGGUUUUGUGUGGAAGACGCUGGCUGUGACUGGAGCAAGUUGCGUGCCACUGUUCAUUGCCAAGUUCAUGCAGCGAUGGUGUGCUCCCUCCAGCUACACCAAGCUACUCAAGAAGAACACCAUGCUUAGAAACUGUUGCAAACUAACUUGCUAGUUUAUGUAUAUAUACAGCUAGUGCAAAUCAAUUUCUAUCACAUAAUAUUUAUUUUAUCGAUGCAUGACCGACAUUAAUUCCUCAUGAAGUACAUGUAGAAUUUUGUACCACUCUCUCAGCACAUAUAUACAAGUUUUAAAUUUAAACAACAAUAGUUAAUUAAUUUUGACAUAAUUAUGGGACAAUGAGAAUUUUUAUUCAA